AUGUCCGACUCGAUCAACUUUGUGUCCUUCAACCAGGACUACAGUUGUGUGUCUGUCGGCACCCCUCAGGGCUACAAAAUCUACAACUGCGACCCGUUCGGCAAAUGCUUCUCCAAGGCCGACGGAGGCAUGGGCAUUGUGGAGAUGCUCUUUUGUACCUCGUUAAUAGCCGUUGUGGGGAUGGGCGACCAACCACAAAACUCUCCUCGCCGACUCAAAAUCGUCAACACAAAACGACAGUCGACCAUCUGCGAGCUCACGUUUCCCACUGCUGUUCUAGGGGUACGUCUCAACCGACAACGUCUGGUGGUGCUCCUGCAGGAUCAAAUCUACAUCUACGACAUUAGCAACAUGAAACUGGUGCACACAAUCGAGACAAGCCCCAACCCUGGAGCCGUCUGCGCCCUGUCAGCUUCCUCUUCCGACAACAACAACUACCUGGUGUACCCUUUCCCAGCUCCUUCGUCCACUGCAUUCAAUCCAGGCGAAAACAAUAUCAACGACUCAUCUCCCAAUAGAAAGGGUGAUGUAACCAUCUUCGAUUGCAACUCUCUUCAGCCCGUGAACGUCGUCGAGGCACACAAGACUCCCUUGGCAUGCCUGUCAUUGAACUCUGACGGUACACUACUGGCUACAGCCUCCGACAAGGGUACAAUCAUCCGAGUGUUCAGCGUUCCCAAGGCCCAGAAGCUCUACGAGUUCCGUCGAGGCACCUACCCGGCCCAGAUCUUCUCUAUCAACUUUAAUCUGGCCUCCAAUCUCAUGGCUGUUUCCUCUGCCACAGAAACAGUCCAUAUCUUCCAGCUCGAAGCGGGCGUGUCCAGCACUCCCGAGGUGCCCCAGGACACGGAGCUGGCUAUUCCCACACGUACCCCACAACAGAAGGGUAUGGCUUCGGUGUUUCGGAAGUCGUCUCGAAGCCUUGGAAAGGGUCUGGCAGGAGCUGUUGGUUCAUACCUGCCCCAGACCUUCACUGGAAUGUGGGAGCCGCUUCGAGAUUUUGCAUUCAUCAAACAAACGUCGCUCCCCGGAACCCGUUCGGUGGUCAGUGUCACUUCCACCAACCCUCCUCAGGUGCUGGUGGUGACUCUGGAAGGUUAUUUUUACCAGUACACUCUCGAUCUGGAGAAGGGCGGCGAGUGUGACCUGAUUCGACAGUACUCGCUUCUGGACAAUGUCGAGGGGUCGCUGUACGGCCCUUAG